AUGAGUAUAGCUGCAUAUGCGUAUGAAGCUGACAGAGCUAAACGUUUAUAUUUUGGUCAAUACUCUCUCACACUUACUGACAAAUAUAUUGUUAUCACUGAUGGAAAUACUGAGAAAUACAUAACAUGGAAGGACUAUGAAAAGUUUGACCCUAUUUUAACUCCAUGUACUAUGCCGUUUAUAAAGGACGGUGAAAUUAUUGAAAAAGAUAAUACAACCGUAUAUAGGUCUGUUUAUGAAGCAUUAGAAUAUAUGUUGAAUCAUAACCCAAAAAGAUUUGACCCAAGCACUACACCAUGUGCAAUGCCUUUUAUUAAGGACGGUGAAAUCGUAAGAGUUUCGGAUUCAACGGUUUACACAGCUGUUCAAAACAGUUUACAAAACAUUUUAGCGAAUAUCUUUAUUUCAGAAACUACAGAAAUAAAAUUACCAUAUAUAACAGAUGCUAAAGAAAUUAAAUCAAAAACGACAACAUUAUUUACGUCACUUAAUGAUUUAAUGACUUAUAUCAUUAAUAUUCCUGCACCAACUACAGCAUUUGAUCCAAACUCGACGGUUUGCAGUGUACCUUUCAUAAAUGACAGUUCAUUAAUUACUUUAAGGGAUUCGACAGUAAAUGAAUCAUUAAAGGCGUCAUUAAUGAAAAUCAUUGAUUUUAAUUCAUUCACGAAUACAUAUAAUUCAUUCAUUAAUGUUUCAUAUGCUUCUAAAGAAGGUGAGCCAAAAACUAUUGAUAAAGCGGUGUAUGAAAUAAAAGCAUCAACGACGAAAUUGAAUUCGUUAACUUUUGACGGUGAUAGUUUCGUUAAUGACAUAACAUCGGGGAAAACAAUUUUAACGAAAGAAUACUUAAAAUCUCAUGUUAGUGAGUUCAUUGAAAUUGAAAAAGGAGGUGGAAUUAAGUUCGAUCCACUGAAUUUCAUUUUCAGCUUAGCGAAUGCGGGUGUUAGUUUCGCUGAAUGGACAACUAUACAGAGUGAAAUAAAUGCAAUAUGGACGUUUUUGGGGUCAAAAGCGGGAAUGGGUGAGCUUGUAA